UCUGUUAAGUUUUUCAACGUACGACAAUUUUUCGCGAAGUUAUUAGUUUUUGAAAACUGAAUACUUUUAAAAUUUUCAACAUUCUUCUACAACGACUGUCGCCAUAGUAACGGUCCAUAGAAGAUUCCAGAAUUUUUACCGGAAGUCUGAUGGCUAUUGAAGAAUUUCUGGAGGAAUCUGAGGAAGCCAUUGAGGAUUUAAAGAGAUAUUUCCGUAAUAACCCAAAAGGGCGAUUGGGUACCGAGGAACAUAUUAGAUUUAUUACAGAUAAAUUUAUUACCUUAGUGAAGAGCGCCGAAGAGGUAAUUAGGAAAAAUUCCAUAUCAGAUUUCCUGCUUCAGAAAUUUGAUUUGUUGGCAACGAAAGAGGAUGUCAAACAGCUGCUUGUUGCUCAGAGUGACAAAAAUUUAGAGGCUAUUCAGGAAGUGAAACAGACUAUUUGUGACUUAGAAAAACCUCCACUUUUAGGGGUGGAAGGUUCUCAAGGGACUACUGCUCUGUCAUAUAGAGAUAUUUUACAACGCGAUCUUAAUUCUUUGAAGAAUACACAGUCUGAAAAGGAGUCCUCGUUACCAACAUACACUGUUCUAGUUUACAAUGAUAAUAAAGAGAGCACAUCGGAAGAGACUAAGACACUGCUCACUAAUUCUUUUGAUCAAAGAUUGCAUAAGGUGCCUGUCAAGCGUAUUCGUAAGAUUAACAAGGGUGGAAUUGCUGUUGAUUUUCCUAUCAGAGAGGAGGCUGAAUACUUUCAGGAACAAUUAGACAAAAUAGAAGGAUUAAAGGCACGAAACGCAAGACGGCGUCUUCCUCUUAUGAAAGUGACUUCAGUCCCGAACUCAGUUACCAAAGAGGACCUACUAGAAUACCUGCUUGAACAGAAUAUUUUUUCACAGAAGUACACGAUGGAGGAGUUUAAAAAGGUUUUAAACAUUCGAUUUUCAAUCAAACAGAGAAAUGACGAGUUUUUAUCGUGGGUAUUAGAGAUGUCACCGGAGGUUAGGGCAAUGACUAAAAAACAAGGAUAUUUUUAUGUUCAGUGGAAAACGUGCAAGGUUUAUGAUUUUUUCCCUGUACGACAGUGCUACAAAUGUCUUGCUUUUGGACAUUUGGCGGCAAGUUGCCCAUCACCGAAGAAAGUUUGUAGCCAUUGUGGUGAUGAUCAUUUGUUUAAGACAUGUACAAAGAAAAGUGAAAAGCCUAAAUGUGCUAAUUGUUUGAGGAGUGGCCUAGAUAAACAUGAACAUAACACACUGGAUAAGGAGUGUCCACUCUACAUUAAAGCAAAAGCCUUAUAUAUUAAGACAGCUGACUACUUACCUUAAUAAUUAUGGAAUCCUUUACAGGACACAAAUUGUUUAAUUCAUAGUGCUACCUCUGCUCCUUAGCACAACAACUAAUACAAGCAGAUCAUCACUUCUCUAUAUACAUUUGUGUUUGCUGACUGUAAGAAAUAUGUAAGCUUCAUCAUCUUUCUCUGUUUUUGGGUUUAAAGUGUUGGAAUUGAUACUUACAAUUACUAGCUGUG